CGUCCGGCCCGCUCGCUCGCACAGCGUGGGAACGAGCCUGGCCGAAAGGUUACAGACACACGCCCGCCCCUCGUGCUACCGACGUUCCAGGAGCGUCACGUGAAGAAAUCCGUAGGUACAGUAGUCUCCAGAUCACGUGACCCGCUUUGCCGGCAGCGCUUGACCUCGAUUUCUUCCCUAUAUUUCCGGGUUGGAGGACGUUCGCCCCUCCCCUUUGGCUGGGCCCUGGCGCGCGCCGGCUCAUGACCGAAGGUCAGCGCAGCGGGAGCAGGGGCCAGAGGGAGCGCAGCGUGUAGGCUGCAAGGCUGCGGCAGGGAUUCCACACGUGGCAGUCCUUGCUGUUAGAUCCCAGGCAACAUGGCGAGCCUCCUACGUACAGCAGUUAUCAGCUGCUCAAAUCCUCUCUUCAGCAAUGUGAUGUCACGAAAAGUGCAGACUGUGAAGAUGCCAUGCUUGCGAAUGUUCCAAACCCAGCAGAUUCUCUGGUGUCAGGCACCUGUAAAAUCAGGAAUCCCAUAUAAGCAGUUGACUGUGGGUGUUCCUAAGGAGAUAUUCCAGAACGAGAAGAGGGUGGCAUUGUCGCCAGCUGGUGUUCAGGCUUUGAUUAAACAAGGAUUCAAUGUUGUAGUGGAAUCAGGUGCUGGAGAAGCUUCCAAAUUCUCUGAUGACCACUACAGGGAGGCAGGAGCAAAGAUCCAAGGGACCAAGGAAGUAUUGGCUUCUGAUUUAGUACUCAAAGUGAGGGCUCCUAUAGUUAACCCUGCACUAGGAGUACACGAGGUAGAUCUUUUUAAGACAGCUGCUACCCUGAUUAGUUUUAUCUACCCAGCUCAAAACCCAGACCUACUGAAUAAACUUGCAGAAAGGAAAACUACUGUCUUGGCUAUGGAUCAGGUUCCACGGGUCACCAUUGCUCAGGGAUAUGAUGCUCUUAGCUCCAUGGCCAACAUUGCUGGUUACAAGGCUGUUGUACUAGCAGCAAAUCACUUUGGUCGAUUUUUCACUGGUCAGAUCACAGCUGCUGGUAAAGUUCCUCCUGCCAAGGUCCUUAUAAUUGGAGGGGGAGUUGCAGGGCUAGCUUCUGCAGGAGCAGCUAAAUCAAUGGGCGCCGUGGUUCGUGGAUUUGAUACCAGAGCUGCAGCUUUGGAGCAAUUCAAAUCUCUUGGUGCUGAGCCUUUAGAAGUGGAUUUAAAGGAAUCUGGAGAGGGGCAAGGCGGGUACGCAAAAGAAAUGUCCAAAGAGUUUAUUGAAGCUGAAAUGAAACUUUUUGCCAAACAAUGCCAAGAAGUCGACAUCAUCAUCAGUACAGCUCUUAUUCCUGGUAAAAAAGCUCCUAUCUUGUUUCGUAAAGACAUGAUUGAAUCAAUGAAAGAAGGUUCAGUUGUUGUGGAUUUGGCUUCAGAAGCAGGAGGAAACUUUGAAACUACUAAACCAGGAGAGCUUUACGUUCACAAGGGAGUUACGCAUAUAGGUUACACAGACCUUCCAAGUAGAAUGGCUACCCAGGCCAGUACUUUGUACUCCAACAAUGUUACCAAACUUCUAAAGGCUAUAAGUCCUGACAAGGAAAACUUCUACUUUGAUCUGAAGGACCAAUUUGACUAUGGCACUCUGGACCAUGUUGUUAGAGGCACUGUGGUAAUGAAGGAUGGCAAGGUGAUUUUUCCAGCACCUCCACCAAACAACAUUCCUCAGGGAGUCCCUGUGAAACAGAAGAGUGUGGCUGAGCUGGAAGCUGAGAAAGCAGCCACGAUCACACCUUUUAGAAAAACUAUGACUACUGCAUCUGCAUAUACUGCAGGUUUGACUACCUUGCUGGGACUGGGCAUUGCAGCUCCUAAUUCUGCAUUCCCACAGAUGGUGACAACAUUUGGUUUAGCUGGAAUAGUAGGGUACCACACGGUCUGGGGUGUGACCCCUGCUCUUCACUCUCCACUCAUGUCUGUGACUAAUGCCAUCUCAGGACUGACUGCCGUUGGUGGGUUGGCAUUGAUGGGAGGAAACUAUUUCCCUGAAAGUACUCCUCAAGGUCUUGCUGUGCUUGCUGCUUUUGUGUCCUCUGUCAACAUUGCAGGUGGCUUUCUGGUUACACAGAGAAUGCUGGAUAUGUUCAAGCGUCCUACUGAUCCCCCGGAAUACAAUUACCUGUACCUGCUCCCUGCUGGUGUCUUUGUAGGGGGAUAUGCAGCUGCUCUCCAGGGUGGCUAUAAUAUUGAACAGAUGAUGUAUCUGGGCUCAGGCUUGUGUUGUGUUGGUGCUCUGGCUGGUCUGUCCACUCAAGGAACUGCGCGUCUGGGUAACGCUUUGGGUAUGAUAGGUGUUGCUGGAGGUUUGGCGGCUACUCUUGGAGGCCUUAAACCAUCACCAGAAUUGUUGGCUCAGAUGUCAGGUGCAAUGACCCUUGGUGGCACCAUAGGUUUGACAAUUGCUAAACGCAUCCAGAUUUCAGAUUUACCACAGCUAGUGGCUGCAUUCCAUAGUUUGGUAGGUUUGGCUGCUGUGCUCACCUGUGUAGCAGAGUACAUGAUUGAGUAUCCUCACUUCGCUACUGACCCAGCUGCAAACCUCACCAAGAUUGUGGCGUAUCUUGGCACAUACAUUGGUGGUGUGACUUUCAGCGGCUCCCUCAUAGCUUACGGGAAACUGCAAGGUGUCCUGAACUCUGCACCACUCCUUCUGCCAGGCCGGCACUUACUGAAUGCGAGUUUGCUGGCCGCCAGUGUUGGUGGAAUGAUUCCAUAUAUGAUUGAUCCUAGUUACACUACGGGACUUACCUGUUUAGGUUCAGUGUCGGCACUCUCUGCUAUUAUGGGUGUCACUUUAACAGCAGCAAUAGGAGGUGCUGACAUGCCUGUAGUUAUUACUGUACUGAACAGUUAUUCUGGAUGGGCUCUGUGUGCUGAAGGCUUCCUGCUCAACAACAACUUGCUGACCAUUGUUGGUGCUCUCAUUGGUUCCUCUGGUGCCAUCCUCUCUUACAUCAUGUGUGUGGCCAUGAAUCGUUCUCUUGCCAAUGUCAUACUUGGUGGCUAUGGUACCACUUCAACAGCUGGUGGGAAACCUAUGGAAAUUACUGGUACUCACACAGAAGUCAACUUGGACAAUGCAGUUGAAAUGAUAAGGGAGGCCAAUAGCAUUAUCAUUACUCCAGGUUAUGGUCUGUGUGCAGCGAAAGCUCAGUACCCCAUAGCUGACCUGGUGAAGAUGCUGAGAGAACAAGGCAAACAUGUCAGGUUUGGUAUUCACCCUGUGGCUGGUCGGAUGCCUGGUCAGCUGAAUGUGCUCCUAGCAGAAGCAGGUGUGCCAUAUGAUAUUGUUCUGGAAAUGGAUGAGAUCAAUGACGACUUCCCAGAAACUGACCUGGUCCUUGUAAUUGGUGCUAAUGAUACAGUAAAUUCAGCAGCUCAAGAAGAUCCUAACUCUAUCAUUGCUGGCAUGCCAGUUCUAGAAGUUUGGAAGGCAAAACAGAUCAUUGUUAUGAAGAGAUCUUUGGGUGUCGGUUAUGCAGCUGUGGACAAUCCAAUCUUUUACAAACCCAACACCGCUAUGCUUUUAGGAGAUGCCAAGAAGACCUGUGAUGCCCUGCAGUCCAAAGUCAGAGAAUCCUACCCGAUGUAAAUACUGAUAAUCACCUAUCAAAGUUAAUAUUUGGCCAGUAUGAAAAACAAAAACCAUUAUUUUGUACAUCAGAAUGUAAGGCAAAGUUAUGAGAAAAAAACAAGUGCACAAAUUGGCUUAUAUAAUUUUGACAUCUGAAAAACAAUACUUUGCUAAGGGUCUAGAAAAACCCGAAUUGUGUUUCUGUUGUGGGUUUUAUAGAUGCUAUGAAUCAGGAACACUUCAGCAGAAUGAGUCCAUCUUUAGAUUAAUCCAGUGGGGCUGAAUUAUUUUCCUCUCCCCUAGUAGUCAUCUAGGUAAUAUAAAUUGAAAUGUAGGGAUUUCAUGGACCUGUUUCAUUAACUUCCAUGUAUGACAUGAUUUAAACAUAUGCACCUAAAUUGCUGAAAUAUAUUUUUCAGUAAACGCAACUAAUUCAAAUCUUUAUCCCCCCUGCAGUUGUUGCCAUUUUAACUGUUAUGAGAAAACAAUGUCCCCAGUCCUGCAAUCGAUUCUGUUUGGGCACCAGCGGUUGCCUACACUGACCUGAUUGUAAAAUCUUGGCCGCUGCAGGCUAUUUCAAUUUCUGUUCACUUUUGACUUUUAAUUAUAUUUUGCUACUUUCAAAUGUGUAUUGAUGCAUUCUUAAUCAACAUUUUUGUAUUGCUGGAAGAAGGCACUUUCUUAAUCAACAUAUUUAAGAUGCUGGAGAAAAUGCGGAUCAAGAGUUUCUUUAUCACAAUUUUUUUAAAUGAAUCAACUAUCAUUUGGGGACCAUAAAAGCAUGCCAAUCUUACAAUCAAUGUUUUGAAUAUUUGACUUUCCCUUUAUCUAAUUAAGAGCACUAUUUAAAUGUUCACAAGUACAGCUAAGCAGUAAAUCAGUUUGGCAUAUAGUGCUAUUUUAUUUUUAUUAUGUUAAGAGUAGUUGAAUGGAACUCAAAUAUUUGCCUAAUAAAAUGAAUUUAUCAUGUUUGCACAACAAUGUAGCAGCUGUCCUCGGUGACAAAAGCUAAAUACAAAUAGCUAUACUUGUGUUAGAAAGCAUUAACAUCUGGGAAGAACAAACUACUCUGAAGCAAGUUUAAAAUUAAUCCAUCCUGACUGUUUAUAAAACUGAUUUUUUUAAUCACAUCAUGUAUUGGGACCUUGCAUAACUCAAUAGCAUUUGAGAAAUAUUACCACUUAGCUACCUCUGUUUUUAUGUAAGGAUAACUUAAAAUCCAUUUUUUGAACAGGUAGUAGUAUAUCAAGAAAUGUAAUAAUGUAUGAAAGAAAUGGCCUUUUUAGAAAUCUGUCUUUUCUAUAGCUCAAAAAUAAAAUUAGCAUAUAAGCAUGAAUAUGUUGUUACACAGCAUAGGAAUACUUGAGGUGUUAAAUUCUAACUUAACACAUUGGGGCAGCUAUGUUUGAAUGCAGUAUGUAUGGCCUCUUAAUAUAAUUGUAUUGAUAGCUAUAUUUCUGUUGGGUCUGUGCGCAAAAAACAAACAAACAAAAAAACCCUUGAGAGGGGAGAAAAGGGACUUAAGUAGAGGGCAAUUUUGUAAUCAUGGAAUAUUAAUUUUUUUCCUUGACUAAGUCUGAUUUAAGUAUUAUUGGCUGCAGUGUCCAACUUAUUUCUGCUUGCAUGUAGCUAACUAAAAGUUAAUCUUUUCUUAAAAUGCCUUUUCCUUUGUAUUUGAGAUGAAAAAUGCAAUUUGUUAUGGAUCAGAGGUGCCAGUGUUAACUUUAGAACUGUUUUAUCAUGAAACAUCAGAGAAUUAUUAAAAAAAUAUUAAAAA